ACCGGACACCUGUAGGGGCCCUCACUAUAGUCUGCUGCUGCUGCUGCUGCUGCUGGAGGUGCUACACUGCUGCUCCUGCUGCUCCUGCUGCUGCUCCUACAGCCAUGAGGGUGUUAAUUAUUGCGGCCGUGGUGGCCCUGGCUGCUGCACAGCUACCCAGGAUUACUCUUCAGAAAUUCAAGUCUGCACGUCAUGCAUUGCGUGAAGUUGACACCCCUAUUCGCCAAAUACAUAGAAAAUGGGGAAAUAAUGUGCGCAUGCCAGAACCUUUAUCAAACUAUAUGGAUGCACAGUACUAUGGUGCCAUUUCCAUUGGCACUCCUCCACAGUCCUUCAGAGUGGUGUUCGACACUGGAUCUUCCAACCUGUGGGUACCUUCCAAGCAGUGUCACUACACAAACAUUGCAUGUUUGCUUCACAACAAGUACGAUUCACGGAAGUCUUCAACAUUCAAGAAAAAUGGAACGGAGUUUGCCAUCCACUACGGCUCUGGUUCUCUCUCUGGUUAUUUGUCUACAGAUAAUGUAGAGAUUGGUUCGUUGAUUGUACAACAGCAGACAUUUGCAGAAGCCUUAAGUGAACCGGGUUUGGCUUUCGUUGCUGCCAAAUUUGACGGUAUUCUUGGCAUGGCCUAUGACAAUAUUGCUGUGGAUGGCGUUGUACCGGUCUUCUACAACAUGGUCAAGCAGAAGUUGAUUACAGCUCCAGUUUUCAGCUUUUAUCUUAACAGGGACCCAUCUGCUCCUGAUGGAGGUGAGCUCAUCUUCGGAGGUUCGGACCCACAGUACUACACGGGAGACUUCACCUAUCUGCCUGUGGAUCGCAAAGGCUACUGGCAGUUUAAAAUGGAUGGGCUGCAGAUGAAUGGGACUACCGUGCCAUUCUGCCAGGGUGGGUGUGAAGCCAUUGCCGACACGGGAACCUCUCUCAUUGCGGCUCCUGCCGAAGAGGCUCGACUAAUCAAUAAAAAGAUUGGUGCCAAGCCCAUUAUGGGUGGGGAGUGGUCGGUGGACUGCAAUAUGAUCCCUGAUUUGCCGACGAUUUCGUUUGUUCUGCAGGGAAAGCCUUUCACACUGGAGGGUAAAGACUACAUUCUCAGGGUGAGCCAGUUUGGUCAGGUGACGUGCCUGUCUGGGUUUAUUGGCCUUGAUGUACCGCCUCCAAUGGGACCCCUUUGGAUUCUCGGAGACGUCUUCAUUGGUCGCUUCUACACGGAAUUUGACCUUGGAAAUAAUCGAGUUGGUUUUGCUGAAGUCAAAUAGAUGUGAAAUGGAUUGGAUGAAGAACUGUGACAGCUAAACAUUGAAGUUCAGCAUAUUUAUAUUCUAGGAUUUACAUGCUUUAUAAUGUACAAUGAUUUACAAUGAUUUACUAUCAUUACAAGCAUGAUAGUUGCUUGUGCAGUGAAUGCGUGGAUUGGUAAUGAUCUUAUAAUGGGUGUAGUGUUCAGUGAUGUGAACUGAUUGCAGUGUGUUAGUAAUUGUGAAGUUUCACAAAAACCUAGUUUAGUUGAAACAAAAAUAUGAAUUUGUUUAAAGAUUGCUAGUGUGAAGAAGUUACUCAUUAAACAAAAGGGAAGUAAAUCUUAUUGGUUACUUUUACAUUUGUUGACCUAAAAUUUCAGGUGCAUUUUUGACAGUAGAGUAGGUGUUUUGAGGGACCAGUGGUUCACACAUGCUGUAUGUAAGCUUGAUUAGAAGUAAACGUGUUACUUGAUAUGAUGAACCCCCCCCUCCUGAGUGAGUUUUUCUCUUGCAUUUUUUUUUGCCUUGCCAGUAUGUAGCUUGAAAAAUAUUUAAAGGCAUAUAUGAAGUGAUUUGUGUAACCUCAGUGCAUCAAGAUAUCUUCGUGUUCACACGAAUACCUAGUUAGUACUGUACAGCACAUUUGCAGUACAGCCAGAAUAAUGUGUCUUUACCACAUGUAUUUCAGUAAAUUUACCACCAUGAACAUUAAACACACACGAGUUGAAGAAAGGCCAAGUUUACAGUAUUGUGCUUUUGGUGUAAAAUUAAUAUUGCACAGGUGUAUGUAUUAGUUAUGGAAAUGAAUAGGGAUGUAAAUUGAAACAAUUGAUAAUUCUAUUUGCAUUUUGCUUCAAUUUAGAGGUUAUGCUGUUUGCAUGUUACAUUUAUUAUAACAAUGUUCAUAGCUGUAACUUGUAACAUUAAAAUCCCAUAUGGUAUUGUAAUGUAAGCCAUAAGAUACCUUACCUUUUAUUCAUAAAUUAUGUGGUAUAAA